CGUCAUCAUAAGAAAUCACCUCAGCUUUCAUUUCGGGUUAUUGUGUCAUUCACGUUCAUAUUUUCAUAUUUUAUCCAGUUUUAUCAAGAGUAAACUAAAUAUGUCGCGCAGACACUUUGGAUUUUUGAUUUCUUUACUUUUUAGAGAACAGAAAACAUGUACACCUACAAUGGCUGUAAAUUUAUCAACAGAAAGCAACAGGAAUAAAUUUUUGAUUGUAGGACUUGGAAACCAUCAGCUACCAUCAACCCGACAUAAUAUUGGCAUGAUGUUUGUUGAUAGACUAGCGGCUCAGUUAAAUGCUAGGUGGAUAAAUGAAAGUAAACGUUGUAAAGGCUAUGUAACAUCAUGUUUUGUGAGUGACGAUGUGGAAUUGGUUCUGUUAAAACCUAAAGAACCAAUGAAUCUAAAUGGAACCAGCGUUUAUAAAACAGCUCUACAUUAUAAGAUAUCACCAGAGAAUGUUUAUAUAGUACAAGAUGAAUUAGAUAGAUCACUGGGGAGAAUAUCUAUUAAAUCUGGUGGUAGUUCAAGGGGUCAUAAUGGUGUCAAGUCUGUGAUGAAUUCCUUGAAAACUGAUGCUUUCUUACGAGUAAAAUUGGGCAUAGAUCGUCCAGUGAGCAGGGAACCGGAUGUUGUGGCGGAUUACGUUCUUAGUGAAUUUACAACAGAGGAGAAAGACCAAGUUGAUCAGAUUAUACCAGCAGCUGUCAAAUCGCUUCAAAAACAUCUAAUAAAAGUCUCUGGUGCAGAUAUCCAGUUAGGCCCUAAUGUUUUCUGACAAAGAUUGGAAACUGACCUCAUAUGCUGUAAAAUGAAAGAUGAAGACCCAAAAAAUUAUUUCUUUAUGAACAUUAUUGAAAAAUUAAUAUUAUGUAACAAUGUCUCCAGAUCAAGUGAUUUUGAUCAAAAUAACUGUGUCAGAAUAGGCGACAAAAUUUCCUGACAUUGUCUGGGAAUUAUUUUCAUAAAAACUGUAACUGGAUGUUCAGUGUUUCUUAUUUCAUAAUUAAUGGUAUUGAAGGUCUGGUUUAUAAUAGCAAUAAAUAAAAAAUAAAAAGGCAUGCCAGACAUUGCCUCUGCACAAUGUUUUCUUUGUGCUUGAAAGUUUCUUUAGUACAGGAACAUAUCAGUAUUAACUUGAAUUCCUUUUAUACCACAACUUAGAUAUCAGGAAUGAAUAUCUAGCAAAUGUUAUAACAAAAACCCAUCCAACUAUUGACAUCUUUACUAGUCAAUAGUCAGACUGUACGCAAAGUUUAACUGUGGAUUAUAAACAAAUUAAUAAAUUGUUUCAACUAUUUUAUAUCAGUGAAGUUCAGUAAAUUUAUGAUUUCAUUGACAAAAAGCAUUUUUAAAACAAUAUUAUUUAAUGUAUAACUUUAUCUUGGUUUAUUAAAAUUGGUGACGUCAA